AUGGGGUUGGAUAUCAAACUCUUCCGUGAGGAGGCCACGGCCGACAUAGUACGGGAGUCGCAGCGCCGCCGGUUUGCCGACCCGGCCGUGGUGGACGACGUCAUCGCGUUGGACAGGCGGUGGCGCGAGACCCAAUACCUCGCGGAGUCCAUCAAAAAGAUGAUCAACAACUGCAGUAAAGCCGUCAGUGGGAAAAAAAAGGCCCAGGAGCCCGACGGCGAGCUCGAGACCAUCCCGGCGGAGAUUCUUUCCGACAUGCAAAAGGGCCACUUAAGGGCGGAGCACCUGAACAGGCUGUGCAUUCGUCAGCUCGUGGCGCUUUCCAAGGCGACCGCGAUGCACGUCAGGGUUUUGGAAAAGGAGGCGGAGGCGCUGGUCGCCCAGCGCGAUCGCUUGCUUUCCGAGGUGGGGAAUAUCAUCCACGAGAGCGUCCCCGUCGCCCAGAAUGAGAAUAGUGGGAAUGUGGUGAUUCUCACCUGGGGCGACAUCGUGAGCCGGAAGAAACUCAACCACGUCGACGUGAUGGAGCGGCUUGGGCUGAUGGACACGUCGAAGGCGGUGACCGCGAUGUCGGGCGGCCGCGCCUUCGUCCUGCGCGGCGGCCUGGUCCAGCUCCAGAUCGCGUUGGUCUCCUACGGGCUUAAUUUUCUCAUCCAGCGCGGCUACGAGGCCUUUUACCCGCCGUUUUUUCUUAAUAAAGAGGUCACCAGCGAGGUCGCGCAGCUCUCGGACUUCGACGAGACCCUCUACAAAGUAUCCGGGGACGGCGAAGAGAAGUACCUCAUCGCGACCAGUGAAAUGUCCAUCGCGGCCUAUCACCGAGGGAAGUGGUUUAUGGAUCUCAAGGAGCCUCUGAAGUUUGCAGGGAUGUCGUCUUGCUUUCGAAAAGAGGUCGGCGCGCAUGGCCGCGACACCCUUGGGAUUUUCCGCGUUCACCAAUUCGACAAAAUUGAGCAGUUUAUUGUGUGUUCCCCUCGGGAUGAGGUCUCGUGGAGCAUGUUGGAGGAUCUUAUCCAAACCUCUCAGGACUUCAACGAGAGCCUGGGCCUGCCCUAUCGGGUGGUUUCGGUUUGCUCCGGGGCCCUGAACAACGCCGCGGCGAAGAAGUACGACCUCGAGGGCUGGUUUCCCGGGUCCGGGGCGUUUCGCGAGUUGGUGUCCUGCUCCAACUGCACGGACUUUCAGGCGCGAUCGGUGAAUUGCCGGUUCGGGCCCAACCUCAAAGGGACCUCCGUCAACGCCGCCAAGGAGUUUUGCCAUAUGUUAAACGGAACGCUGUGCGCCGUCACGCGCGUGAUGUGCGCGAUUUGUGAAAAUUUUCAAACCGACGAGGGGGUCAUUAUCCCCAAGGUGCUUCGUCCGUAUAUGAUGGGAGCACAGAUGCUGAAAUUCCAAUAA